CACACCACACCCUCCACGCACGCACACACACACAGAAGGAGACACACUUUUUAGCAUCAAGGUCAAUAUUGUGUGUAACAAUGUAGUCCACCGGAAUGCAUCAUGAGUUUAUUAUUAUUAUGACAAGGACAAGAGCAGUAACAUAAAAAUGUAUCAACUAUUGACUAUUUGAUGUUUUUAAAAAGUAUCAGCUUGACACUUGGUGCCUCGAGGCCUGCAUGUUGUGAAAUAGGACAAAAAGUACGAUGAAAAUGUCAAGUAGGCUGUGUGCUGCCAUGUAGGGUGUGUCUCCAGCAUUUCAUUCACUGUAUGAUUCAACUGGCUGGUUCAUUUCCUCCGAUCAAAGGUAUGCUUUAGCCCACUUAAUUUGUUACUAGCCACCUUUAAUUACAGUAGCUUAAUUAUCAAAAUGGGAGAAAGAGCAAAAUACUGACAUAUAACAAACCAAACAAUACAAAACUAUUGGAGGAACUGGACAGGCAGACACUAUACUGCACACUGUCAAGUUUUGUUUUUUUUUUCGAUUCAGAAUCACACACCUAAAAUAUAAAGUAUGUCACCUAAAAACCCUGCAUGCACAUACAUAAAUGCAAAGCUUCCUCUCUUUAAACUAAAGUAUAGGCUUUCAGAAUGCUCACUGUUUUGGCACCUGAUUCUCCUACUUUACUGCCUUGAAAUGCAGUCUUCUUUCAGAAAAGAAAAAGGUUUCCUCUGGUUUCCAACAUGUGAUCAAAUAUUGACCUGCGGCACAAAUGUUGUGUGUUGUUGUGUAAAUAAUCAAGACAAACACAAAUUAUGUAACGCACAUUAGACAUAGUAGAGAUAGUAGAUAAAUAAACAUAGAUAAUGCAUCAAUAAAUGUCUACUAUGACAAAUUAUAUAAAUAACCUGUCUUAUCUACAGUAUGUUAACAGUUUUAAGUCUCAAUCACUCACCUAUUAAGUUUUAAUAAGUGACUUGUUGGUUAGUGUUGUAAAAUUCUGUCGGGGUAAACAUUUUUCUGACUUCUCUGAGCUGGUUCAGCCAGUUUGGGUCAAACCUCACCUGCUAAAAGAUGUAAAACAUACUGCGAACAAACAACAAGAGGGUUGGGCAACAAUUCUACUAAAUUUUCUGAUUAAUGAAAUUACUAGCAGUAAAACAUAUUUUCACGGGCGACAACUGUUUUAAAAGGUCAGUUGCAAAGUGACUUACGCAAUGAAUUGAUAUGUUUAGAAAGUUUGCUAAUGCGCAGCCUUGAGGAGUCAACAUGGAUGUUAACACUGAAGCAUUCACAUUCAUAUCCUGAAUGAUUACAUUCCAAACAAGGCAAGUUACCAACCAGGUUUAAGCUCUUAAACAUCUGGCCAAUAGGGCGUUACUUCCUUUUUCCCAGCACUGCUACAGUGUUUUUUUCACGGUUCAUGAUUCAAGUUACUCCCACAGAAGUCAUGCACAGGAAAGCAAAGAGCAUUUGUUACUUCAUGUCAAGAACAAUAGAUAGGCAGUUGGUGCGUUCGAAGCCGUUCAAGAGACAGAUUUAACGAGGUGUACUGAAUCAUGUUGUUAUUGCUGACAGGGGAAUCGUUUAGUUCUUAAACCCGUGGACUUAGGCUGUUUUGAACUGUGGAGUUACUUUAUUGGAGUGGUCAUGUCACUCCCAGAGGAGGAUCUUACAUGCCCAGUAUGCUGUGACAUCUUUACAGACCCUGUUCUGCUGUCAUGUAGCCAUAGCUUUUGUAGGAGCUGUCUGAAGCGCUGCUGGGACACAGGCUUGCGUGAGUGUCCAGUAUGCAGGAAAAGAACCGCCAAGUCCAGUCCUCCCUCCAAUUUGGCACUGAAAAAUGUCUGUGAAACUCUUCUGCAGACCAGGAGGCAGAGUUCAGUGGAAGAGAAGAACAACUGUAAUCUCCACGGGGAGAAGUUGAAACUUUUCUGUCUCGUAGACAAACAGCCCAUCUGUGUGGUAUGUCAGUCCUCCAAACUGCACAAAACCCACGACUGCUCACCUUUAGAAGAGGCAGUGCUGGACUGCAAGGAUGAACUUGCUUUAUCCCUCAAGAGCUUGCAAGAUAAACUGAACUGCCUCAAAAGAAUUCACAGGAGCUCUACAGAUAUGUUCAAUCACAUUAAGAGUCAGACGCUGGAAACACAGAGACUGAUUAAGAGCCAGUUUGAGCAGCUCCAUCAAGUCCUCUACCAUGAAGAAUCAGCCAGAUUGGCAGCUGUGAAGAAAGAAGAAGAAGAGAAGAUCGCAGGAAUGAAGGAUAAGUUUAAAGAACUUUCAGCAGAGGUGCUGUCCCUCACAGAGACCAUUGCAGUCAUACAGGAGGAGCUGAAAGAAGAUGACAUGGUCUUGUUGAAGAAUUUUAAAGCUACUCAGGACAGAAGCCAAAGCACAUCGCUGAAUUCAGACAUCAUGUCCGGGUUACUGAUUGAUGUGACUAAGCAUCUCAGCAACCUCAAGCAUAGAAUCUGGGAGAAAAUGCUGGAUCACAUUGAUUAUAGUCCUGUGACUUUGGACCCAAACACAGCACACCCCUGCCUCAUCCUGUCAGACGAUCUGACUUCCCUCCACUACUCAAAGGAGCCGAGUUGUUGCCCGGACAACCCAGAGCGCUUCCACAUGAGUGCUGAAGUGGUAGGCAUGACAACGCUAGGCUCAGGAAGUCACCACUGGGUCGUGGAAACAGGAAGCAAUCAGGACUGGCUCCUGGGCGUGGCCUCUUCCUCUGUACCUAGGAAUUGUGAGAUCUCUGCUCGGCCUGAGAACGGCUUCUGGACUUUGUGUUUCCGGGACGGAGAGUUCAGGGCAAUGACCUCUCCACCCACCCCACUGACUGUUUCAAGAACCCCCCAACAAGUCAAAGUGCAACUGGAUUACAACAAAGGGACUUUGUCUUUUGUUGACUCUGCUGAUGACACACUCAUUUAUGCAUUCACAGACACGUUCAGAGAAACGUUACUACCUUACUUUUAUACACAGAGCAGUCAUCCAUUGAGAAUACUGCCAGAUAAGGUACUUGUCACAAUGUUGCGUCAAUAAGUGUUUGAGUGAUUUAUUAAUUAUGUAAAAAAAGUUAAUCUCAAUCCUGUUUUGAUGGAUGAAAGUACUCUUCAUCCAAGUCAUUUUGCUGCUUCAAAAACAUCUUGUAUGUUUUUGUCACCUCUUUUUUAUUGCUGAAUUUGGCAUCUUCUUACUGUUAAAACAAGCUGUAUCUAAAUAUAUAUGAAAAUAAGUAGCUAAAUAUGCAUUGCUCUCUGAGAGAAGAGGACAUUUGCAUUUGAUUUAAAUGUUUAAAUAACUAUGAAGAAGUUUUUGGUUAUUUCAUUUUAGGUUUAGGUUAUUCUAGAGCUGAUGUUCGGUCUGCUGCAAGACCUUUCUUUGUGUUCUAUUGCACUGCCUGCAUUUGACUUACACCUGUAUAAAUUAUACUGCUGUGAAGGUGUUUGAUUUUACUGUUGAUGACAUCCAUAUUAUGUUGGACUGGGAUGGAGGCCUACCCAGCACCAUGCACCUUAAGAAAUACACAUAUAGAAAAGAGAGGUUUCUUUUUUUGUUAGAAAACGUUGCUUAUUGUGUUAAUUUGGACAGUGAAGGCGACUUUACUUUGUAAUUAAAUGACAGUUUCAUAAAGUAAUGUUUAAUUUGUCAAAUGAAGAAACAAUUCAGUGGAUCAAAAGGUUGCCUAUUGUGGAGGGGUUACAUGGUACUUUUUAUUUCUCUCUUUUGUACACAUGAUGGCGCCAAAGUCAAACAAAUAUUUUAAAGGACGUCAUUUCUUUGAACACAUGUAUCUCAUGGGGGUAGGAGAAAAUCAUUGUCUAGAAUAUAAUCAAUUCAUUAUCAGUUAAUCAAAACAGGAAAUUAAUUCUUGAUUUUUUUCCACUUGUGUACUUGUUGUGAAGACUAAUCCAUGAAUGUAAGAUAGAAACAUUUUCAUCUAAACACGUUUAUGUUAUUUUCAAGAUUGCUCUCCCUUACUCUGCAUAAACAUCUAUUCCAUAAAAACAUACAUUUGGAAGAUAAAUAAAUAAAGGGAAAUAAAUAA